AUGUCGGCGGACGAUGAGAUUCUCUUGAAAAUGUCGGCGGAUGAAGAAGACGUUUUAUCAAUAACGUCGGAAGACGCAAAAGAUGCAGAAAUAGCAGCCCUGAAGGCUGAAGUAUUACGGCUACAAAAAUAUGCCGUAAUACCUCAGUCUUCAGGGCUGGAUCCGGGGCAGCCCGUACCAUUGGCGACGCAACCGCCCAUACCAGCGGCGACGCAGCCGCCCGUACCAGCGGCGACGGAGCCGCCCGUACCAGCAGUACUAGCACUACUAACGGCGACGCAGCCGCCCGUACCAGCAGUACCAGCACUACCAACGGCGACGCAGCCGCCCGUACCAGCAGUAUUAGCACUACUAACGGCGACGCAGCCGCCCGUACCAGCACUACCAGCGGCGACGCAGUCGCCCGUACCAGCACUAUUAGCGGCGACGCAGCCGCCCGUACCAGCACUACCAGCGGCGAUGCAGCCGCUUGUACCAACACUACCAGCGGCGACGCAGCCGCCCGUACUAGCGGCGAUGCAGCCACCCAGCGCCCCAUCACAAACAAGACGUAAGUAUAAAAAGAGUUUAUAA